UGGUGUUUGAGACUCACUGUAUGUCAUUUCCAUGUACAGAACUCAAAUUAUUUAUCUAUGCUGAGGUAAAUUCAAUUUUCAAUUCUAAGGCACCUUUAAUGUUUCUCAUAUACUUUAAAAGGGUGACGUCAUGCAUUGCCGAACUUAAUUGUGGGUUCCGUCGCAUCGCUUCACUCGUGUUGCUCGUGACAGAAGUUGAAGAUUUCUCAACUUUUCAAGCGCCAAUGCAGGUGUCAGCCAAUCAGAUCGCUUUAUGUAAACACCCUUGAGCAGUCGCUAGCCAAUUGCAUUCAUGCAACACCGGAAAGUAAUGUGAUUAGCUGUUAUCACUAUAACGGUCAUGUCAACACAAGCUUCAGACACCCCCUCCAUCAAGCGUUGCCACUGACGCCACAUGUGAAUGUGAAGUCUUUGAAUAAUAUCUAAUUUAUGAUGAUUACAAAAAUGUUAUAGGGGAAAAGGUGAUAAAAAAGUGGGACACUGGACACGGACAGGUUAACAGACUGCAUUCAUUUUUUUAUGUAACAAAUUAUGUAAAUAAUUAGAGGGAAAUCUCAUAGGAAAACAUUUCUGUUGUUAGUGAUGCAAUGCAGGAGGGGUAAGAGACAUAAAUAUGUGCUUUCUGCACAAUCACCCUUGCACGGACAGGUAAUAUCUUUGUCAUGAAUGUCUAAAGACCAUGUCUGGAAAUGGACCUGAGACUAGGAUUGACCAUGGGCCAGUUCUCUGCUUUGAGUCGUUCAACAACUCAUGUGUGAGAUUUGUCUACCUGUCCGAGAUUCAGAUUUUGUUCUAUUUGUUCUUCAGUGCCAUAUCAGUUACCACAGUAUGUGGAAACCUGCUGGUCAUCAUUGCCAUCAUUCAUUUCAAGCAGCUGCACACGCCAACAAACUACUUCAUCCUGUCACUGGCCGUGGCUGACCUGCUAAUCGGAGGCUUUGUGAUGCCUCCCAGUAUGCUGCGCUCUGUUAAAACUUGCUGGUACUUGGGUGACAUGUUCUGUAAAAUACACAGCAGUGUUGAUAUUAUGUUAGGCAACACAUCUCUCUUGCACAUAUAUUUCAUCUCUAUUGAUCGCUAUUAUGCUGUAUGUCACCCGCUUCAGUACCGGAAUAAAAUUACACCGCCCAUUUCCCUCAUUAUGAUUUCCCUAUGCUGGGGUCUGGCAGCCUUUGUUGGAUUCGCUAUCGUGUUUCUACAGCUCAACAUUUUGGGUGCAGAGGAGUUUUAUUUUGAUAAUAUAGCUUGUAAGGGAGCCUGUAUUAUCUUUCAAACCCGUGCAGGCAGCACCAUUACCUCAAUUCUUGCUUUUGGCCUACCUGCAAUAAUUACUGUCAGCAUAUAUCUAAAAAUUCUCCUUGUUGCACGAAGACAAUCAAAAUCUAUACAGCAUUCAACACACGUGGGCAAGAAAACCAGCAUAUCUAUAAACAAAAUUGAGGCUAAGGCCACAAAAACCCUGAGUAUCAUCAUGGGGGUAUUUUUUGUGAGCGUCUCACCCUUUUUCUUCUGUAAUCUAAUAGAUUCGUUUCUUGAUCACACAAUACCACCAGCCGUAUUUGAUGUUUUGGUGUGGAUUGGAUAUUUGAAUUCUCUGUGUAACCCCUUUGUGUAUGCAUUCUUUUAUAGAUGGUUUAGAAAAGCUCUAAGAAUUAUUCUUUUGGCCAAAAUAUUUCAAGUUAAUUCUUCACAAAUUGAUUUAAUGGGAAGAAAUGAUUAAAAAUCACUAUCCUGGAUAUGUUCCAUGUGUCUUAUGCUAUGUAACUAGUAAUAAUUUCACCUCUGUAUAGUAACCAUGAUUCCAAGUAACCAGAUCAUGCUUGCAUUAUUUAUAACCUGAGCAGCCAAAUGUCUGGGAGUUUUUAAAAUAAAAAAUAUAAUGUGAGAUCAGAAUUUAGGUAUUACAUUACUUUUAAAUUAAAAAAAGGGAUUUUUUUUCCUGAGCCACUACAUCAAAACUAUGCAAGUUAAAUGUAGACUCUUUAAUGCUUUAUAACAUGAAAUGACAAAUAUGAACUAAUGUCAAAGUGCAUAAUGUAUCAUUUUGCUUUGAGACCCGUCAUACAUACAUGCAUAAUGUUCAGUUUUGUAAGUAUAUGUGGUUUAGAGGGACUUUCCAUAGAUGUAAUGAUUUUUAUACUGUACAAACUGUAUAUUCUAUCCCCCUACACUACCUCUAAACCUACCCAUCACAGAAAACUGUCUGCAUUUUUUGAUUUUCAAAAAAACAAAUUUUAGUAUGCUUUUUUAGCUAUUUGGUUUACGAGGACACAGGAAGUGUCCUCAUAAACUAUGUUUACGUUGUAUUACCCAUGUCAUUAUACACAUUUGUGUCCUCAUGAACCAUGUAUAUAACACCCACACACACACUAUAUGAGGACAUUCCAUAGCCGUAAUGUUUUUUAUCUGCUUGUUAAGUCAUGACGUAAGGAAUGCCGAUUCUGGGUCCAAGCCUUGGCUCGUUUCACUUGAGAAUGGC